AUGCAGAGUGCGGCGUCGAUCGCGCCCGCGCCGGAUGCGCCAGUGAAGCCGGAGCCUCGGGCGAUGGACCGGACAACUUCCCGAAAGCACCUGGCCGCAAAUGCGGCUCCCCCAGACUCCCGGCUGCCCCGGCCGGGCUUGCGGGGAAAGCGCUCCGCGGCGGACGAGAACGCGCCCCCGGAUCCCCCGAAACGGGUGCGCACGGGGCCAGCCCCAGGAGCAAAGAGUGGCGCCUGCACAGCGGCAGGUGUGGCCCCUGCUGGAGGGUCCCGGCCCCGAGUGGCUCCCACAGUGCCCCGCGGCCUCCUGCGUGUCUCCGUCCCUCUGCUUGCAGGGCUGAACUGCCGGGCGGCUCUUGGGGCCCCUCCCAAGCCAGGACCCCCAGCAGCCCCUGCGGGGGGAACGGGGCGAAGGCGAGCCCCCUGGGACCUGAAGGGGCAGAUCAGCGACCUCCAGGCCAAGGUGGGAGGCUACAAGGAGAGGGUCCAGGGCCUGGCGGGGGAGAACGAGUCCCUGAAGAGCCAGCUGGGGGAGCUGCAGCAGGAGCUGACGGACGCCACCAGCCAGAAGGGGGAGCUGGGCGGCCGGGCCAGCCGCCUGGCUUCGGAACUGGAGCUCUUGCGAGAGGAGGCCAGGGAGAGCGGCCAGAAAGUGUCGGAGCUGCUGGAGAAGGAAGAGCGGCUGGAAGGAAGGUGCCGGAGCCAAGCCGAGAGGAUCGGGCAGCUGGAGGCCCUCAACCGGGAGCUCACGGAGGGCAGCCGGGAACAGUCCAUCCGGCUGAAGGCCAGAGAGGAGGAGCUCCUGCUGUCCGAAGAGAGCCUGGCGGGGCAACGGCAGCUGAACGAGGGGCUGAGGGCCCGGCUGGAGGUGCUGGAGGAGCAGCUGCACCAGGGGGACAUGGAGCGACGCUGCUUGCACAACGCACUGCAGGAGCUGAAGGGGAACAUCCGUGUCUUCUGCCGAGUGCGGCCCUUGCUGGCCAGCGAGAGGCAGGCCCAGAAGGCCGCCAGCCACCUGCGCUUCCCGGCUGACAACAACAAGGGCCUUGUCCUCUCCAGGGCAGAGGAGUCCCACGUGGGCCGUGAGCGCAAGGACGACAUCAACUAUGACUUCACCUUCGACCGGGUGUUUCCUCCCUCCAGUUCCCAGGAGAGCGUCUUUGAGGAGAUCUCCCUGCUUGUUCAGUCAGCCUUGGACGGGUAUCAUGUCUGCAUUUUCGCCUACGGGCAGACGGGCAGCGGGAAGACGUACACCAUGGAGGGCCCGGAGGACCAGAACCCCGAAACGGCAGGCAUGAUCCCUCGAGCCGUGCAGCAGAUCUUCGCAGCCUCCCGCGAGAUGGAGGCCAAGGGGUGGAAGUACCAAUUCACAGCCAGCUUCCUGGAGAUCUACAAUGAGUCGCUGCGGGAUCUUCUGGUGCUGCGGCCAGAGCAGAACGGGGAGCUGGAGAUCCGCCGCGUGAGCCAGCUGACGGAGGAGCUGCACGUCCCCAACCUUUCCUGCGUCUCGGUCUCUUCCCAGGAGGAGGUAGGGCCCUCCUACCCCCCCNAGGUCUAA